CGUGUUGUUGCAGCGUCAUCCUGUUUGAAUGAAGUUCAGGCUGGCCAACUCUUCGUUCGCGCCCCAGUAGACUGACACGGGAAAACAAUAUCAAGACCCCCCCAAGGAAAAGAAAGACCGCCAAACAUGCCGGUGUUUACAGUCAAUGUGAAAUGGGGCAAAGAGAAGUUUGAUGCAGUAGAGCUGAACACCGAGGAGCCACCCAUGGUGUUCAAGGCUCAGCUCUUCGCCCUGACAGGAGUUCAGCCUGACAGACAGAAGGUCAUGGUGAAGGGAGGCACUCUGAAGGAUGAUGAGUGGGGAAACAUCAAACUGAAAAAUGGAAUGACUCUGCUGAUGAUGGGCUCCGCUGAAGCUCUGCCUGAGGAGCCUGUGGUUCGGCCCAUGUUCGUGGAGGACAUGACUGAGGAGCAGCUGGCUUCAGCGAUGGAGCUUCCUUGUGGGCUGACUAACCUGGGUAACACGUGCUACAUGAACGCCACAGUGCAGUGUCUACGCUCGGUGCCGGAGCUUAAAACGGCUCUCAGGAGGUAUUCAGGUGCUCUGCGAUCUUCAGGAGCAAAUGCACCAGCACAAUACAUCACAGCAGCCCUGCGCGAUUUAUACGAGACUAUGGACAAAACCUCGUCCAGCCUUCCUCCCAUAAUCCUGCUGCAGUUCCUCCACAUGGCCUUUCCACAGUUUGCUGAGAAGGGAGACCAGGGACAGUACCUUCAGCAGGAUGCCAAUGAGUGCUGGCUGCAGAUGAUGAGGGUACUUCAGCAGAAGCUGGAACCACUUGAGCCAGAGACCGCCAUGGAGACUGAGUCUGCAGGUGGAGCUGCCUCCGCGUCUUCAAAGAAGAACUUUAUUGACCAGUAUUUCGGUGUAGAAUUUGAAACUUCCAUGAAAUGCACAGAGUCUGAGGAAGAAGAGCCAAUCAAGGGCAAAGAGAGCCAGCUCCAGCUCAGCUGCUUCAUUAACCAAGAAGUUAAAUACCUCGCAACGGGACUACGACUGAGGCUGCAGGAAGAAAUCACAAAAAUGUCUCCAACCUUGGACAGAAACGCUUUGUAUAUCAAAUCUUCCAAACUUGGCCGUCUCCCCGCCUACUUAACCGUCCAAAUGGUCAGAUUUUUCUACAAGGAGAAGGAGUCUGUCAACGCUAAAGUCCUAAAGGAUGUCAAGUUCCCGCUCAUGUUGGACGUAUACGAGCUGUGCACCCCGGAGCUCCAGGAGAAAAUGUUGCCAAUUAGGUCAAAGUUUAAAGAGAUGGAGGACAAGAAGCUGGAGAAACAGCAGCAAAAAUCGUUGAAGAAGCCAGAUGCAUCAAAGGAAGUAAAACACGAGCCUUUCUCUUUCCCCGACGACGUUGGUUCCAACAACAGCGGCUACUACGACCUGCAGGCUGUACUCACUCACCAAGGUCGCUCCAGCUCAUCGGGCCAUUAUGUCGGCUGGGUCAAGAGGAAAGAAGACGAGUGGAUCAAGUUUGACGACGACAAGGUAAGCGUGGUCUCGCCGGAGGACAUCCUGCGGCUGUCGGGGGGAGGAGACUGGCACAUAGCCUACGUUCUGCUGUACGGCCCGCGGCGGCUGGAAGUCCUGGAGGAGGAGCAGUAGCCGCUGGGAGACGUCCGCCUCAGCACCCGCAUACACAGAUUGCCAUUUCCAAGCACUGUCUGCAUAGAUGUGCAAUAAAACUGGUGUCUUUAAAGAUUU